AUGCCCUAUGUUCGCCAAAUCAAAAUCCAAAAUGACGCCGAGGAACGUUUCGACGCUAGAGACUUCGAUCUUUGUCUCGCUAUGUACCACGAACUUUGUUUCCUUUCCAAACCGACGGCCAAGCUACAAUUCAACAUUGGCCAACUUCACCUCCGUGAGGGGAGUUUGCGGGAAAGUGUUUCUUGGUUUGAAAGCGCUAUUAGAAUAGAUCCAUUCCUGGCAGUUGCUUACUUCCAGGCUGGAUCAAUUUACAUUCGCCUUGGAAGGUUCGAGGAGGCUCGUAAAGCAUACAUUCGGUGCUAUGAUGUGGCCUUGCGUCGUGGCAGCGUCUUGAGUGCUGGAGACGGUACCGGAGAUAUCGACUAUCACCAGAUCGGGCUCAAGUAUCGACUUUGCUGCAGUGACAUUCAGCAAAAUCAGAGGUUGUCUGAGUGUUGGAUAAACACGAGUCUGGCUAUGACUCGGCCAGAAACGAGUUGUGCGCCAGUAAAUCUUGACAAGGAGGGAAAGCUUGUGAUUGUCCCUGAGGGACUAAUUUUUAGGGUGCCGGAGGAGAUUGCAAAGCUGGCUAGAAGAAUGAAGGCAGCCGAAACAGCGGAGUGGAGAUUCAGAGACGAAGCCAGAGUGGUGGCAGAGGUUCCACGUGAUUCAGGAAGGAUGGGGGCUUGGGGCUAA